CACCCCACACGCUCGCCAGGGCCUACCCGUGCAAGGGUGGGGGCCUGCGUCCCGCCCCCGGCCCCGCCCCCGGUGCGGCCCCUUCCUCCCGCAGCGGCGUGUGCGGCGCUGAAUCCGCCAGUCGCUGUCCCUGUGGCCCCGGAUCGCGGUGCGGAGACCCCCGGCCCAGCUUGUAGGCUCCCGGGGAGCGCGGGCCAGGCCUCAGUGCGCGCGGUGCGGAGCGGCCACCGCGGACGGGGACCGAGCGGGGCGUAGCCAGAGCGCCCCUGGAUCUGGGUCACGUCUCCGCCGUGCGGCGGGAUCUCAGGAGAGCCUGUCCUCGGCUGCAGCAAGAGAGACUGAGGUUAGCCCGGUUUGGUGAGCAAACCGCCGCGGGAGGAGGCGGGAUGGCAGGGAGGGGUCUCGAGCCCAGAGACCGCCGUGCCGCCGGGCAGGCCCCAGCCGAGCCGGGAAGGGGCGUCGGAGGUGAAGGUCGCGGGCCUACCCGCGGACCCCGCGCGGAUCCUGUCGAGGUCCCCUCCCUGUGAGAUCUAACUGGAGAGAUCUAGUUUUCUCCACUCCCGGGUCUAAUAAAGAGCAGGCGAUCGCAGAGUUCCAGGGGACAGACUCUGGGAGGACGCAGAAUUGUACAGCUCGGGCAGUGUGGGGUGUGGACUGCAGACCUUGAACUCCUUUGGCCGCCGAGGGAGGUGGCAUGCUUUGCCCCGCCCGCCCUUCUAACAGGUUAAGUGGGCACCUUGUGAGCUCCAGCCCAACUCCCCUUGUCUGCUCCUGCAGCAGCAGGUAGGGGCUGAGGGCUGCUUAGUUAGAUUCCAUUCCUGCUUUGCCCUGCUGGAACCGCGGUCCCUCCCUCGGGUUCACACACACACACACACACACACACACACACACACACACACACGCACACACGCACGCAUGCACCCUUGCGGCAUAGCCUUGACCGGCCCUCAUCCCAGGUCAGAAGCCUCCCCCAGCCCACAUGAGCAUGCAGGGGCACACCUGGUUCCUGGCCCUUGACCUGGGAGGCAGGUUCUGCUCUGUGCCUCACCCCAGUGGACACUGACAGUCAGCGACCCCAGAGCAAGGAGUGGCCCCCCAUGUGGAGGUGCACUUGUCUCUGCAUGAAUGUACUUGCAUGUUUGAGAGCACGGAACAUAACAUGUUCCUGAUACCUCUGUGAGCCCUACUUGCCUGAGCCGCUGGAUCUGUGGUGUGGUGUGUGUCUCUACACAGACUGGUCCUGCUGUUAUGAGGGUGUGCAGACUUCAAUAGAAACUUACAUAUGUAAGUUAUAACCCUGCUUGUCACUCUGGGCUGUGACCCACUGAAUGUGAACAGAUAUGCACCCUGUCUCCAAGUCCUCUGCCUGCUUAGGACCUCCUUGUGGCUGUGUGACUGAUGUCCCUGUGGAUACCUGUGUUCACAACCCUCCUCACAAACAUGUGUGCAUAUCUGUGUAUGUGUACUUCCCUUCUCAGCUCAUGAGACUUAGGUGAAACUGCUUUAAGUGUGCUGUGCACACUGAGUGGCUCUUAUCUGGGGUGUGUUCUUCCUGCCCAAUCCCAGGGACCAGCCCCUCCUAGCCAUAAGGCUCCCCCUUCUGCUAAGCAAAUAGGAGGCUCCAGAGGCAAACAGGUGUGCCCACGGUCUGGAUGGGCAGCCUGCCUGGAGCCUCCUACUAUCCCAGCCCCCAAAGUAGGAUACUGAUACCCUUGCUGUGCUGUGCCGAGACUCCUUUACUCCCUCUUGGGUUACACUCUGCCCUCCUAUGAUGGUGCUGACCUUUACCCUCCAGAUUACUGUUUUCACUCUGGCUGGCUCCUGCUUCCUCCUCGUUUCAAGGCCAGGCAGUUAAUGUUUGACUCGGAAGAGACAGGUGAGACCAGUGGCACCCUGACCCCUGCCUGUGGAUGUCUGAUGAGCUGGAGUGGGUCUGGCCUCCUCCACUUCUGGUCCAGUUCUGGAAGCCUUCAGAAGCCCCUUCAGAGUUUAGGGUACCUGCCACAGAGCGUGGGGGAGGCUGUCAGCCAGCCCAACUCAUCCCCAACGGGUGGCUUACAAAAGACUCAGAUUGUGAAUUAUUCUCAAGAUGUCCUAGGGGAGGUGAUCAGGAGCCUGGGGUCCCUGCGUUCACCUCCCGCCAUACCACGUUGCUUAGGUCUCAAGCAAGCCUCUGGCCUUGCACAUGCAUCACAUCUCUUGCUCUGACUUUACUGUGCAGGGAGGGGCACCCAGAGGCCCCGCCCAGGGUCCCACCCCUGCUGGGGACCCUGCUGGCAGGUAGGGGCAUGUGUGAACCCCUUCGAAGCACUGGCUCAGCACAGGCAGGACAGAAAUGUUCACCCCCUCAGCGAAGAAUGCCUCUGAGAAGUGUCUAAUUAAAGAGACAUUCCAGAGGGAGCUCUCAGGCCAAGGAAAAGAAAAAAACAAAGGAAAAAUGGGAGAGAAUUAACAAAGGCCCAUUAAAUACCUCUGCCCAAGCCUUCCUGCAGAGGGCAGGCAGCAGGGCAGCUGGUGUUGAAGGCCCAGGCCUUGCCUCUGAGAACCCACACUCCUGCUCUGACCAGAAGAAGGCUGUUACCUUGGGCGUAAGAAGGGCAAGUUUCGCCCAGCCUCCUGCAUCAGAGCAGAGAUGCACACACUGAGGGCAUCCUAGCGUGAGAGUUCUGUGGGUGCCCCUAAAAUCUGGGUAAGGCCAUCCAUCUUCCACCCACACACAGAUCAAAGUGCUUUCUCUUUUUUUCCCUCUUUCCCUCUUUCAAAAAACAGAUCUCAGAGAGCCAGGACUAGCCCUGCCAUCCAGACUGGGGUGACCCUAACGGGGACUUAGAAGCCCUCUGUGACUGUUCAUCUCCCAAUUCACUGUGGAGUUUGCAUUUGAUGCAGAGAGGCACGUGACAGAUCCCUCUCCCUGACCCCUGAGCUGUGAUUCCAUGGCCAUACGACUCUGUGGCUCCAUGUCCCCCCCAUUCCAGGAUCCUCCCUGGCCCCAUAAGUGCUUGACCCCCAUGGCCUCAUGACCCCUGACCUUCCACCUGACAUACCUAAACUUUGACCCCUGUGACUGUUUUUCCCAUACCCCUGUGCCUCUGGCCCUGGCUUCUGCUGGAGGUCUUGCUGGUCUUGACCUCCCCAGGAAGAUGUGGGGGAGGCUCUGGUCCCUCCUCCUAGGCUUCCUUGCAGCAGCCACAGUCCCUGGGCCCUCCCUGCGGAGACCCUCCCAAGAGCUAGAUGCCACCCCUCGGAUGACCAUCCCCCAUGAAGAGCUCUCUGGGACCCGGUACUUUCAGGCCCAAGCCCAGAACUACUCCACGCUUCUCCUGGAGGAAGCCUCAGCAAGACUGCUGGUGGGAGCACGAGGCGCCCUGUUCUCUCUCAGCGCCCGAGACAUAGCAGAUGGAGCUCACAAAGAGAUACACUGGGAGGCAUCCCCAGAGAUGCGAAGCAAAUGUCACCAAAAAGGCAAGAACAACCUGACCGAGUGCUUCAACCAUGUGCGCUUCCUGCAGCGGCUCAACGCCACCCACCUCUAUGCCUGCGGGACCCAUGCCUUCCAGCCGCUCUGUGCUGCCAUCGAUGCCGAGGCCUUCGCCCUGCCAGGCAGCUUUGAGGAGGGGAAGGAGAAGUGCCCCUAUGACCCAGCCCGGGGCUUCACAGGCCUCAUCAUCGAUGGAGGCCUCUACACAGCCACGAGGUACGAAUUCCGGAGCAUCCCUGACAUCCGUCGGAGCCGCCACCCGCACUCUCUGAGGACCGAGGAGGCCCCGGUGCAUUGGCUCAAUGAUGCUGAGUUUGUGUUCUCAGUGCUGGUGCGGGAGAGCGAGGCCAGCACUGUGGGUGAUGACGACAAGGUUUAUUACUUCUUCACGGAGCGGGCAGCUGCCGAGGAGGGUUCCAGCAGCUUCGGGCCAAGCCGCAGCAGUCACCGAGUGGCCCGGGUGGCCCGUGUGUGCAAGGGAGACCUGGGAGGAAAAAAGAUCCUGCAGAAGAAGUGGACCUCUUUCCUGAAGGCCCGGCUCAUCUGCCACAUCCCCCAGUAUGAGAAGCUGCGCGGUGUCUGCAGCCUGGACACCGAGCACUCAGCCCGCACGCACUUCUACGCAGCCUUCACCCUGACCACGCAGUGGAAGACCCUGGAGGCCUCAGCCAUCUGCCGCUAUGACCUGGCUGAAGUGCAGGCUGUCUUCUCAGGACCCUACAUGGAGUACCAGGAUGGUGCCCGGCGCUGGGGCCGCUACGAGGGUGGGAUCCCUGAGCCCCGGCCUGGCUCGUGCAUCACAGAUUCGUUGCGCAGUCGUGGCUACAACUCAUCCCAAGACUUGCCAUCCCUGGUCCUGGAUUUUGUGAAGUUGCACCCGCUGAUGGCGCGGCCUGUGGUGCCCACCCGUGGACGGCCCCUGCUCCUUAAGCGCAACGUGCGCUACACACAUCUCACAGGGACACCAGUUACCACUCCUGCUGGGCCCACCUAUGACCUCCUCUUUUUGGGCACAGCUGAUGGCUGGAUCCACAAGGCUGUCGUCCUCGGCUCUGGGAUGCACAUUAUUGAAGAGACACAGGUAUUCAGGGAGCCCCAGGCAGUGGAGAAUCUGGUCGUCUCCCUGCGGCAGCACAGCCUGUAUGUGGGUGCCCCCAGUGGAGUCAUCCAGCUGCCGCUGUCCACCUGCUUCCGCUACCGAUCCUGCUAUGACUGCAUCCUGGCCCGAGACCCCUACUGUGGCUGGAGCCCCAGCAGCCAUUCCUGUGUGGCAGCCACCACCACAGCAAACAGAACAUCACUGAUACAGGACAUAGAGAGAGGAAAUCGAGGCUGUGAAGGCAGCACUGAUGUAGGGCCACCACCACCCCUGAAGACCCGCUCUGUGCUCCGGGGCGACGAUGUCCUCCUGCCCUGUGACCAGCCGUCCAAUCUGGCUCGGGCUUUGUGGUUACUCAACGGGAGCAAGAGCCUGAGCGAUGGGCAAGAUGGCUACCGUGUGGGUGUCGAUGGGCUGCUGGUGACAGACACCCAGCCCGAGCACAGUGGCAGCUACAGCUGCUUUGCUGAGGAGAACGGCCUUCGAGCCCUGCUGGCCUCCUACAGCCUCGUUGUCCGGCCAGCCACGCCUGCCCCAGCUCCACAAGCCCCUGCAACAAAAGGGUCCCAGCUGGGCCCAGACGUGCAGCUGCUCUACGUGCUUGCCAUUGCUGCCCUUGGAGCCCUCUGCUUCAUCUUGGCCUUCGCCCUCCUCUACGUGGCUUGUCUGCGCGGAGGUGGACGAGGACACCAAGGAAAGUACUCACUGGGCCGGGCUGGGGGCUCUGCCGUGCAGCUGCAGACAGUCUCAGGCCAGUGUCCUGGAGAGGAAGAUGAGGGUGACGAUGGGGAGGGGGCUGGAGGUCUGGAGGGUAGCUGCCUCCAGAUCAUUCCUGGGGAAGGCGCCCCGGCCCCGCCGCCCCCACCGCCCCCGCCCCCGCCGGCCGAGCUGACCAAUGGGCUGGCAGCACUGCCCAGCCGGCUCAGGAGGGUGAACGGCAACAACUACGUGCUCCUGAGGCAGGGCAGCAAUGGAGUGCCGGCAGGGCCCUGCUCCUUUGCUGAGGAGCUCAGCCGCAUCCUGGAGAAGAGGAAGCACACGCAGCUCGUGGAGCAGCUGGAUGAGAGCUCUGUCUGAGCCUGGCUCCCCGUCUGCCCCAGGCUGUGCAGCUGCUUCCCCACCCUCACUCCAUGCCUCUUCCCAACUCUGUGCCAUCUUAGUAGGGCUAGCCAGUUAGGCCCAGCCAAAGCCCCCUCAGCCUCCAAGACCCACACGGGAGCAGCCCAGGCUCACCGGUGCUCCUCAGAGGUAGGUGCUCCCUUGGGGCCAGGUACUCUGCACACCCAGACCCAGUUCCUAUGCCCUUAACCUGUUGCUUCAGAGGCCUCCAUCCUCCUGUCCUAUCUGCCCAGGCUUUCCUCUUGCUCCCAGGUAGGGCUCUGCAGGCCCAGGUAGCCUCUGUGUCACCACCCUCUGCAUGUCCCCAUGUGCUAGGUACUCCUGAAGCCACCCAGAACCCCAGCCAGCCACUGGAGCCCCACAUACAUUCACAGCAGAACACAUAGCUGGACCGUAGGGCCCAUUUCCAUGCUCUCCCUGGGCACUCCUGUUUCAUACUUCUGGAUUUAGGGUUAUCCUCCCAAUUGCCAUAUCUGUCUAGUGCUCUUUCCCUGUCCCUGUCCUGUGUAUGACCCCACUUGCAAGAGCUUGGGAACAGGCCAGCCCAGGAGGUAAGGUGGAAUCAUUUCCUCUUCUUCCUUCUUGUGCAGCCUUUGCGAGUCCGGCUUACCUAUUCCCCUCGGUCACAAGGAAGAGUGGCAAACAGACCUCCGGGCAUGUCCCUUCCCCAUGCAUCUGUGGUACAUGUGCUAACACUUACACCCAUGUGCAUCUUCUGAGCCCCCUCCUUGCUGCCGGACUUGUGUCUGUUGGGUUAGGUCCGUGGACAUUUCAGAGGGAAACACCUACUCCCGUUUAGCUGUCCUUGGAGACCCCUCCCUGGAUAGGUGACCAACACUGCACUCAAUGAGCCAGCCUUUUGGGGGACCAAGCAUUUGUUCCCCCUAGACCAGAGCAGGGGAAAGAACUCUCACCUGGCAUACAAAGCCCGUCCUUGGAACUAUGCAAAGGGCAGAGGCUGGGAGUUUGUAUGUGUGGCUCCCAUUCCUGUCCUACCUCACCGGAGCACUUUCAAUGUCCAGGAGUCUCUGAAGUCUCUAGGCCCAUGUGGGACAAUCGACCCAGACUGAGCUCCCGUUGCCUUUGGGUGAGGACGACUGUUAUUUUUGUAGCUGAGAACGUGGAAUCCCACGAGUUUUUACUGCCCUUCACCCAACUUCUCCCACCUCUCCCCCACAAUGAAUGUAUUUAUUGUGAGAAUGGCUGCUCUUCUUUAGGAAUGCCCUCACUCAGCCCCAGGUGGGUGGAACAGGCAUGCGACAGUGGGGAGCCUGGGAUCAGCUCCUCCCCCGAUGUUGGUAAUAAAUACCUUCUUUCCCCAA